UCGGCCGUCCCGCCGCUGCAGCGCUGCACUUGUCUGCCUUCCUCCCCCGGACUAUGCAAUAGGAAGCGGCGCGCUUGCAGUGAUUUGUCGCUCUCGCACACUGGGCUGGGACCGUUAUAUUUAUAAACCAGUUUUCCCUCAAUCGCUGCCCUGCGUGUGUCUGUGUGUGUGUGUAUUUUUUCCCUCAAGAUGCCGCGCUCUUUUCUUGUUAAGAAACAUUUUAACUCAGCUAAGAAACCAAAUUACAGUGAACUCGACAGUACAACAGUGUUUAUUUCGCCAUAUCUGUACAAGUCGUUCCCGGCACCCGCCAUCCCCCAGCCAGAGAUCCUGAGCUCGGUAGCGUACAAUCCCAUCACGGUAUGGACUACCAGCAGCCUGCCCCUGUCCCCGCUGCCUAGCGAUCUGUCUCCGAUCUCCGCAUACCCGUCGUCCCUCGGCCGCCUGAGCCCCCCUCCGCUGUCCGACACGUCCUCCAAAGCCCAGAGCGGCUCCGAGAGCCCGGGCAGCGACGAAGAUGAGCGGCUGCACCCGAAGCUGUCCGAGCCGCACGCCGCCGAAGCCGAGAAGUUCCAGUGCGCGCUGUGCAGCAAGUCCUACUCCACGUACUCCGGGUUGCUCAAGCACAAGCAGCUGCACUGCGACGCGCAGGCCAGGAAGUCCUUCAGCUGCAAAUACUGUGAAAAGGAGUACGUGAGUCUGGGGGCCCUGAAGAUGCACAUCAGGACGCACACGCUGCCCUGUGUAUGCAAGAUCUGCGGCAAAGCCUUCUCCAGACCCUGGCUGCUGCAAGGACACAUCCGGACGCAUACGGGAGAGAAGCCCUUCUCCUGUCCGCACUGCAGCCGAGCUUUCGCCGACAGGUCCAACCUCAGGGCACACCUACAGACUCAUUCCGACGUGAAAAAGUACCAGUGCAAGAACUGUUCCAAAACCUUCUCCAGAAUGUCUCUCCUGCACAAACAUGAGGAAUCUGGCUGUUGUGUAGCACACUGAGACGGGCCAGAGCGGAGCCGUGCUACUAAAUGCAGACUCUCUGUGACUGAAAAGCCAAAUCUAUAUAUUUCAAUGGUAUUUUAAUAAUUUUUUAAUUUUUUUUUUGCAAAUAUCAGCUGUCUCCUUCAUUUCAUUUAAACAGUGUUGUUCUUUUUUUACGUUGUGAAGCAAUCAGUGUUUUUUGAAUAAUGCCAAGUGCCUACAUUGGUCAUACUGUAAGUGUACAAAUGGGCUUCUCGCGGUAAGGGUCGCGUUCCGCCUGCCGACAGGACCUCCGGGAAGCCCGCCGAUACCAAAUCUCCAUCAGCACCUUGCAACCAUUGCACAGUAGAUGCCCUGCACGGUCCACAGAGGCGCCACCGGAUGUCGACCUUAAGGAGUAUCUGAAGCCAUUGCUGUAUAGGGGACGUGUGCAAGAAGUGAUGUUUUUUUUUCCUCUAUUUUUUAAAGAGUGAAAGUAUUUAAACUUGUUGCUCAGCCAUAAUGCGACGACUGUUUAAGAGCACUCCAAAAAGCAAUACUUCAUCAAGUGCCUUACCUAGAUUUGGCAACUAUGUAUUGUUCCGAAAUAUUUUUUCCCCCAUUUAUAUUUUUAUAUAUUUGAAUGUAUUGUGUGAUUGAGAGGUGUGUAUUUUCACUGUGUGAGAUACGUGAGAGACAGACUUGAAUGAAUUAUUGGAUGGCCUAGCAGUAUCUGUUUUUACACAAUUUAAAUAAAAAUGCAGGAAGUGUAUUUAAAA